CUAGAUCUGUGAACUACAUCUAACUCCUCAAAAAACAAUGCCCAUGGUGACCAGUGCAAGGAUGGCAGCUCCGGUCGUGGGAUUGUUCCCCGUCCUCCGCCGGCAAAAGGCUGGUCUACGAGCGGCGUCCCCUCGGAGCGGAGCGGCGCCGGCUCCGAGGUGGGUGCUGAGGAGAGCGACGGCGGCGCCUGGGAUGGCGUCGCCCCGGCGACGAGGUUGGCGCUGUUCCGGAGGCGAACAUCCUCAGCGUCCCCGUCGAUGCGUGGACAUGCCACCAGUGCCGUCAGAGGAAAACAGGGGUCACGGCAGAUUGUAAGGGGUCCAAUAAGAGGGGCAAGUGCCCUCUCAGAUACUGCAAGAGUUGCAUAUGUAACAGGUACCCUUUGAUUGCGGAUGAGGUGUUGAAGAAGGAGGCCUGGGAAUGCCCCAAAUGCAGGAAUGACUGCAACUGCAGCAGGUGCAAAACUAGGAAAGGGGAGGCGCCGACGGGGUGAAUGGUCCGUGCUGCCAAGAGGCCGAAGGUCAAUCUGGCACGAACUGAGAGCAAUGAUGCUCUCAAGGAUGAAAUAGUUGUACCCAGGGGUACUCUCGUGACUUGCAUUGCAGGUAUGGAGCUGCAGCCUGAAGAUGUUGGUGCUGCUAUUCAAUUUCUGGAGUUCUGCCGCUCAUUUGGCGAGAUCUGCAAAAUAGGGAAGGGACAACCAGAAGAAACUCUCAGACACUUAACUCAACUCAAAGAGGUGUCUUCAAUUGUUGCUGACGUUCACAUAAAUCUUCUGUCUGUCAUAGAAAAUGGCAAAGAUAACCGUUUUGAUAAGUAUCCAAGACAUGGAGAUGAAUGGAUAAGGAAAGUAGGCGAGUACAUCUCUUUGACAUUCAAUGCAGAAGAUUUCACCCUUCGCUGCUUAAAUCAGGGUGUAUCAGGAUAUAGAAGUCUGAACCCUUCUUGUAAGCUGGAGGUUCUGAAUUGUCUGUGUGAUGAGGCAUUGUCUUCUGAAAAGUUGAGGACCUGCAUUGACAAUAAAGAUAGAAAAUGUGUGGCCACACAAGAAAUCAAAGCUGCAACCAGAAAGCAAAAGGAGCUAAAAAGAAGAUACGAUGACAUGACUAAAACCAUCGAAGGAGGAGAUACUGCUAACAAUGAGGAAGCUAAUGAUAUCCUUUAUCAAAUAAAGGAAGCAGAAGAAAUCAAGAAGGCAGCCCGGAAUGAAUUAGAGAUGCUGAAACGUGUUCAUAGGACCACUCCUGUUAUGGAAGACAAAGGAGUAAAAUACUGGAAGCUGGCUGACUAUUGUAAUUACAAUAUAAGCAUAAUGCGUCAAGAAUUCGAUGAAGAAAAUAGAACGAAGAACAAAGACAUGUGGUUCAUGUUCACUGAAGACGAACAUAAAGUAGUUGAAGAUCAUGUAACUACAAGAUCCCGACGUCUGCGGAGAAAUCAUAACUGGGUGUAAUGAUUUACUGAUCCCAGUCUCCUGCUCGUUCAACUGGUUGAUGGUGAAUGGACUAGCCGAGACAUUGUAACAUGUGCAAGGUAGAGGCCAUAAGCAGAUGGCAGUUUUUUCCUAAAGGAAAGUUAUACAGUUAUAGAACAGUCAACAAUUAUCGAAGAUUGAGUCACAACAUUUGAAUUCAAACCUUGUGACAUGUUUUCUUCUCCAUAUGGAAACUCAGCAAGACUUCGUAGCACCUUCUGAAGUUUGUUCCCUGGAUGUUUUGAAAUUGAGGGAAAUCUAUCAUUAUCAUUUGUAUGGCGUACAGUCAAAUUUACCUGUUUGUGUUGUAUUUAUAUAAUUAUUAAUCGUUCUAUA